CAGCGCUAAAGACCGCGCGGUAAAAUCGUGCGACAUUUUCAAAAAAGAGGUCCUUUCAUUCGUUGUGUGUGUGCUCGCUUGUUGCCUUUGUGUGGGUUUUGUGUUUGCUUUAAGCCUGCCAAAAGCACAAUAACCAAUAGUCGCCCAAAAAAAGUGGCCACAAAAUGUGGAAAAAGUCCCUAAUGUAAACAAAAGCUAAGAGCAGAAAAAGAAAGCGGAAAUGUAAUUUAAAAAAUGUAAUUUAAAUGCUCGUUCGGCGACAUUUUAAAUAUCAAUUGAUGUUUUAAUGGAAUAUGAAUUUAAAUGGUUUCUGAAAAAAAAACCCGCAACUAGUGAAUAAAGCUGCUAUUAAAAGUGUCAAGCUGAUUAGGUUUUUAAUAGCUCGUAAUUGUGUGGAUAAAAUGUGCAUGAUAAUUGAAACCAAUUAUGUGAAUAAAUAAAGUGAAACUGUUUUGAUUUUAAAUAAUAAAUAAUUUGCUAAAUAUAAUAAAUUGAAUUUAUUUAAUGAAUUAGUAUGGUAAUGGUUUGAAAGCCAUUAUCCCUAUAGUAUUGGUGAAUUGAAACCAGAAUACCAAGUGAUUUUUAAGGUUUUGCGACCAAAAGGCGCCAACUGGCCACAUGCAGUGUUAAGUGCAAACUUGUCCUUGACCGCCCCCCCCCCCCGAAAAUUAAAAAGAAUAUUGCAUGUGGCUGGCAGUUGAAAGAACUUAAAAAGAAAUACAUCCUGAAAGGACCUGGGAAGCAGCAGAGAGGAUCAAGUGAAAGCCCGGCCAUUAAGAGUCGGCAGGCGGCAGCUUCUUUUAAAUCCGACGACCUCAACGGUUUCUAUGGCGCUGCGCUAUUAAAUGUGGCACAAGUGCGGCGGAAUCAUUACGCAACGCUCCAUCAUCCCGAUUAAAGGCAGCAGAAUGUCGGAAAUUGUGGACACCGAGCUGCUGGUCAACUGCACCAUCCUUGCCGUGCGGCGAUUCGAGCUGAACAGCAUUGUCAACACCACGCUCCUGGGCAGUCUCAACAGAACCGAGGUGGUCAGCCUCCUGUCGAGCAUCAUCGACAACCGGGACAAUCUCGAGAGCAUCAACGAGGCCAAAGACUUUCUAACCGAGUGCCUGUUUCCAUCGCCGACACGGCCGUACGAGUUGCCAUGGGAGCAGAAAACGAUUUGGGCCAUCAUUUUCGGCCUGAUGAUGUUUGUGGCCAUUGCCGGGAAUGGUAUUGUUCUCUGGAUUGUAACAGGACAUCGCAGCAUGAGAACGGUUACAAAUUACUUCCUGCUGAACCUGAGCAUCGCCGACCUGCUGAUGUCAUCGCUGAACUGCGUCUUCAACUUUAUAUUCAUGCUGAAUUCGGAUUGGCCAUUCGGAUCGAUUUAUUGCACAAUCAACAAUUUCGUGGCCAACGUGACGGUCUCCACUUCGGUCUUCACGCUCGUGGCCAUAAGUUUCGAUAGAUACAUCGCCAUUGUGCAUCCGCUGAAGCGCCGCACGUCGCGUCGGAAGGUGCGCAUCAUCCUGGUCCUGAUCUGGGCCCUCAGCUGUGUGCUGUCGGCGCCCUGUCUGCUCUACUCCAGCAUCAUGACCAAGCACUAUUAUAAUGGAAAAUCGCGGACAGUUUGCUUUAUGAUGUGGCCGGAUGGACGAUAUCCCACAUCGAUGGCGGAUUAUGCGUACAACCUGAUCAUCCUGGUGCUGACUUACGGCGUUCCCAUGAUAGUGAUGCUCAUCUGCUACUCCCUGAUGGGCCGAGUUCUGUGGGGCAGUCGAUCGAUCGGCGAGAACACGGAUCGCCAGAUGGAGUCUAUGAAGUCGAAGCGGAAGGUGGUGCGCAUGUUCAUCGCCAUCGUGUCCAUCUUCGCCAUCUGCUGGCUGCCGUACCACCUCUUCUUCAUCUACGCCUACCACAACAACCAGGUGGCCUCCACGAAGUACGUGCAGCACAUGUACCUCGGCUUCUACUGGCUGGCCAUGUCCAAUGCGAUGGUCAACCCGCUCAUCUACUACUGGAUGAAUAAGAGGUUCCGGAUGUACUUCCAGCGCAUCAUAUGCUGCUGCUGUGUGAGUUUCACCCGCCAUCGAUUCGACUCGCCGAAGAGCCGGCUGACGAACAAGAACAGCUCGCACCGGCACACAAGAGGUGGGUACACCGUCGCCCACUCUCUCCCCAACUCCUCCCCCCCGACCACCCAGACUAUUGUGGCCGCCCAGGCCCACCCCCAAACACAGACCCACUUGCCUCACCACCACUCACCACUCCCCCCGCAACCUUCCGCAGCGGAGACCAAGAGUCAGUGGAAGCGCAGCACGAUGGAGACGCAGAUCCAGCAGGCACCGGCCUCCAAUUCUGGCCGGGAUCAGCGGAUGCGGGAUGGCUAUGCCACCCAGCCGGUGCAGGCGGGAGUCGGAGGCGCAGGUGCAUCCAAUCGGGCGGCCGUCGAGUGCAUCAUGGAGCGACCGGUGGACGGGAACAGCUCGCCCCUCUGCCUGUCGAUCAACAACAGCCUGGGCGAGCGGCAGCGCAUGAAAAUCAAAUACAUCUCCUGUGACGAGGACAAUAAUCCCGUGGAGCUCAGUCCCAAUCAGCUGUGAUGUUGUUCCGACUUGUCCUGCCACUGGAACGGAACGUGAAUCCCGGCCAUCGCCUCGUUUCGCUGCGGGGAAAUGCAAUUUGCCGCUGCUUACACUACUCUGUACAUACACCCACUCCCAGAGAAAUAAGAAACAUGUCUGCUUAGCAGGGUGGGUCGAUCUCGGGACCGGGAAAAUACACUUUUCGCAUACUUUAAGUAUUUGCUAUUAUCAAGAGGAUAUAUUUAGCGAUUUAGAACUAAGUUUUAAAUUAAACAAAAAAUUAUUUUUAUAAAUGUAUCAAUAUCUAGAAGAUAAAUAAAUUUUAAUUUUAGCAUCAUGUUACUUUUAGUAUUUUACUAUUCGUUAAAAAAAAUUUUUCUUACUUCAAAAACAAAAUACAUUUUAAAGACUUUUAUUUCCAUUUAUUGACUUUAUUUUUGGACCCCAAAUCUAUUAAACUUCGCUAUUUUUAUAAAAAACAAAGUUCCCUGAGAAUCGACCCACCCUAAUGCAUAGUUGAAUUUCCGGUUGUCAAAAGAAAAUACUUCAGCAAGAAGAAAAAAACUUACCAAUAAAUUGAAUUUGUAUGUAUUUGUAUAGAAGAAUCUAUCGACACUUUAACCAUCGAAGAGCUGUAAGUUUUAACUGUUGUUAACAUCCAGGCUAAGCCGAGUUUGUAAAUACAUUCCGUGUACAUCUGAUAAAUAUAUAUCUGCGUAUAUGUUUGUGCUAUUCGUUUGAGUGAAUCAAUUAAACGAGCCAUGGAAUUUUUUACUCUAAGCUGUUUAUUAUAGAAAAACGAUUUGUGUUAUUGGUUUGGGUUUUUAUCCAUGCCAUC